ACAGUAACAUGUCUUCUAUUGCGGAGAUCGGAAGAGUUUUACAGGAUAAAACAGCUCCACUAAAAGACAGGUUUCGUGCUCUUUUUACCCUGAAAAAUCUUGGUGGCAAUGAAGCAGUGGAGGCUAUUUCAGCUUGCUUUGAUGAUGAAUCUGCCUUGCUAAAGCAUGAACUAGCAUAUUGUUUGGGUCAGAUGCAGAAUGUGCAUGCAAUUCCAUACCUGGUGCGCGUGCUGGAGGACAAGUCACAGGAAGCCAUGGUACGACAUGAAGCAGGUGAAGCAUUGGGUGCUAUAGGGGACAACUCGGCCCUCCAGGUGCUUCAAGUGUUUGCUAAAGACCCAGUGGUGGAAGUGGCUGAAACAUGUCAGCUGGCAAUAGGGCGUUUGAAGUGGUUGAGAGAACAGUCAAGCGCAGAAACAGAUUUGCCUGCCAAUCCUUAUUGUUCCGUUGAUCCAGCCCCACCUACACAGCUGGCCUCGCUAGAAGACCUAAGACGGGACCUGCUAGACGAGGACUUGCCACUGUUUCACAGAUAUCGCUCUAUGUUCACACUGAGAAAUAUGGGGACCACAGAAUCAGUUCUAGCAUUAGCCGAAGGGUUGAAGUGUAAAGGUGCUUUGUUCCGUCAUGAAAUCGCUUACGUCUUAGGCCAGAUACAGAGCGAUGCCUGCGUCAAGCAGCUGACACAAAACCUGGAGGACGCCAGCGAAAGCCCGAUGGUUCGCCACGAGUGUGCCGAGGCUCUGGGCUCCAUCGCCACACCCGAGGCCACAGCUGUCCUACACAGGUAUUUAAAAGAUGCAGAACGAGUGGUCAGGGAAAGUGCCGUUGUGGCUUUAGACAUGAGUGAGUAUGAAAACAGUGACCAGUUUCAGUACGCUGACACGCUCAAUAAAAUUUCUAGUGGAGUCAGCAAUCAACCAGAGGCUGUAGAAACGUAACAGUCAACAGAAAUACUAUUGUAAAAAACACAACAGUCAACAGAAAUACAAUUGUAAAAAACACAACAGUCAACAGAAAUACAAUUGUAAAAAACACAACAGUCAACAGAAAUACAAUUGUAAAAAACACAACAGUCAACAGAAAUACAAUUGUAAAAAACACAACAGUCAACAGAAAUACAAUUGUAAAAAACAUUUCAUCUCGCUCAAGUCUGAUAAUGGUCACCUGGUAAUAAAAGUUUCAAUCUUUUU